AUGGAAGAGAAACAAGAGGCUGUGUUCCGGUCGGCUGACAUGGCCCUGGUGGAGGUGUUCCUUCCUGUGGAAAUUGCUAGAGAGGCGCUUUAUGCGUUGGGCGAAGAGGGACUAGUGCAAUUUCGCGACUUGAACAGUAAGGUCCGAGGGUUCCAGCGAACUUAUGUCUCGGAACUCCGGCGGCUAGACAACGUAGAACGGCAGUACCGGUACUUCCACUCGUUGUUGCAAAAAUACGGAGUGCCGCUAUACGAGGACGGGCGCUAUGAGGGAGGGGAACAGCAGUCUCUGCAGGCACUGUUCAGCGCGAAUGUGUCGCCGCGGGGUCCUCCAAGUACUUCUAUGAUAGACGACCAUGUCGAAAAUGCCAAUUUGUUGGAAGAGCGAUUUCAGCAGAUGGUUGAGGCCAGCGAGAAGUUGGAAGCUCAGCGUGCAAAUCUUGAGGAAUACCGUGCGCUCCUUCUUGCAGGUGAUCGGUUUUUUGCUGAUGUUGAAAACGAAGGCUAUGAGCCAUUGUUGGUAGAUGCAGACGAUGGUGCUGGCUUCAGGGGUCCUGAACAGGUCACUCUUUCCAGCUCCGCCUCAUACUUUAUGGGUGCCAUCCCACGGGGGAAGGUGGGCAUAUUGGAGAGAGUAUUGUGGCGGACAUUGCGCGGUAAUCUCUUCUUCAGACACGUCGAAAUGCCUAAUCCGUUAUAUGACGCUAAGCAAAAGGAGUUGGUUGAAAAGGACGCAUUUAUUGUGUUUGCACACGGGAAUAUCAUCUUGGAUCGUAUUAAGAAAAUUGCUGAAUCACUAGAUGCCUGCCUCUAUGAGGUACACCAAUCCCCUGACCUGCGUUCGGGGCAAUUGCGUGAGAUCAACUCACAGCUUAACGAUUUGCAUAAGGUAUUGGAUACUACUCUAGUUACGUUGGAAGCAGGUUUGUACUCUGUUAGCAAGGAGUUGGAUGAGUGGAAUAGACAGGUCUACAAGGAAAAGGUGAUCUACCAAACUCUAAAUCUCUUUGGGUACGACUCCAACAGGAAGAUGUUGAUUGCAGAAGGCUGGGUUCCGCUGGAUGAAGUGAGAAGGUUGCAGGCAGAAUUGCAAAGGGUUGCUCUUGCAACCGCUAUUGACGCUCCGUAUAUUGUUAAUGUUUUGGAAACUAAUAGAACACCACCUACUUUUCAUCGUACUAAUAAGUUUACCAAGGCCUUCCAGGAUAUAUGUGACUGUUAUGGUGUUGCUUCAUACCAGGAAGUUAACCCUGGCCUAGCGACUAUUGUCACAUUCCCAUUUAUGUUUGCAAUUAUGUUUGGUGAUAUGGGCCACGGUAUUCUAAUGACUUUGGCAGCAGCGGUCCUUGUAUUCUAUGAACAAAGUAUUGGAAAGAUGCGGCGCGACGAAAUAUUCGAUAUGGCAUACUCCGGCAGAUAUAUUUUACUAAUGAUGGGUCUGUUCUCAAUUUACACAGGGUUUUUAUAUAACGACAUGUUUUCAAAAUCGUUGACCAUUUUAAAAUCUGGGUGGAAAUGGCCUGACUCUUGGAAAGUGGGGGAAACUAUACAUGCGGAACAGGUAGGUGUUUACCGUAUUGGAAUUGACCAUGCUUGGCACAGUGCUGAAAAUUCUUUAUUAUUCAGCAAUUCGUUGAAGAUGAAGCUAUCUAUUAUUAUGGGCGUGGCCCAUAUGUUGUACUCCUAUACUUUUUCGUUGGCCAAUGCACUAUAUUUCAAUGAUAUGGUCGAUAUAUUAUGCAAUUUUGUUCCUGGUCUUCUUUUCUUGUGCAGCAUCUUCGGGUACUUGGUCAUCUGUAUAAUUUACAAGUGGACUGUUGAUUGGAUCAAAAUAGGGAAGCCGGCGCCAAGUUUGUUGAACACAUUGAUCAACAUGUUUUUAUCACCAGGCACUAUUGAGGAACAGUUAUAUCCUGGGCAGGCGACAGUGCAACUUUUCUUAUUGUUCGUGGCGCUAAUCUGUAUUCCUUGGUUACUAUUGGCAAAACCGUUGCACUUCAAAUUCACACACGACAAGUAUGCACACCAACCUUUAGCGAGCUCAGAAUACAAUAUGAUGGAUGUAAGUAUAGAACAGGCUUCCAGUGGAGAAGAAAUGAUAGAAGUCUAUGACGAUGAUAGUGAUGAUAAUGAUCAUGGUGAAAACUUAGGUGAUGUGGUCAUUCAUCAAGUCAUCCAUACAAUUGAAUGGUGUUUGAACUGUGUGUCACAUACUGCAUCUUACUUGCGUUUGUGGGCUUUAUCUUUGGCGCACGCACAACUAUCGACCGUUUUAUGGAAUAUGACUAUCAAAAUUGCAUUUGGAAUGAAUGGAACUGUCGGCGUCAUUAUGACAGUUGUACUCUUUGCAAUGUGGUUUGUUCUAACAUGCGUUAUUCUAGUGGUGAUGGAAGGUACUUCUGCUAUGUUGCACUCCUUGCGUCUACAUUGGGUCGAAUCUAUGUCCAAAUUUUUCAAGGGUGAAGGUACUUCAUUUGAACCCUUUGUAUUUAACUAUCUCGGGUUCGAAGAGUCUCACUAA